AUAUAUUGAAUAAUUAUUUUGUAUAAUUAUAUUUAAUAUAAUUUUUAACAAACAAAAAUGGCAUUAAAAGGGAUAAAAGUUAUAGAACUGGCUGGACUUGCUCCAGGACCAUUUUGUGGAAUGUUAUUAGCAGAAUUUGGAGCUACUGUAAUAAGAGUAGAUAAAGUUGGAAGUGGAACAGUAUUUCCUGAUUUCACUGCUAAUGGAAAACGGUCAAUAGCAUUAAAUUUGAAAACCAAGGAGGGUGUUGAAGUUUUUAAAAAAAUGAGUAGACAUAGCGAUGUAAUAAUAGAUCCUUUUCGUAGAGGUGUUAUGGAAAAGAUGAAAAUAGGACCUGAUGAUAUAAUGAAGAUUAACAAACAGAUCAUUUAUGCUAGAUUAACUGGAUUUGGACAAAAAGGUCUUUAUGCAGAUAUGGCAGGUCAUGAUAUUAAUUUUGUAGGUUUAUCAGGUUUACUUUCUUUAUUUGGUCGUGCUAAUGAGAAGCCAACACCUCCUAUCAAUCUGGCUUCUGAUUUUGGUGGUGGCGGUUUAAUGUGUGCAUUAGGUAUCAUUUUAGCACUUUUUGAACGUAGCCGUAGUAAUUUAGGCCAGGUUGUAGAUGCUUCUAUGGUAGAAGGUACAGCGUAUUUAGGAAGUUGGUUCUUUAGGUCUCAACAGUUACCUUGGUUAUGGAGUAAUCCACGUGGACAGAAUUUAUUAGAUACAGGCACACAUUUUUACAAUACUUAUGAAACAAAGGAUAAACGUUAUAUGGCCGUUGGUGCUAUAGAAAACAAAUUCUACAGUAAUUUGUUAGAGAAACUUGGUUUAUCUGAAGAUGAAGUACCACAAUUUUCCAAUUUUGAUAAAAAUCAUGCAUUGUUUGUUGAUUUAUUUAAGAAAAAAACCCAGGCUGAAUGGUGUGCUAUUUUUGAUGGCGUAGAUGCUUGUGUAACACCAAUUUUAAACUUAAAAGACACACCGUAUCAUCCACACAAUGAAGAAAAUGAAACGUUUAAAGUUACAAAAAAUAAUUUAGUAAUACCAAACCCUGCACCACGAUUAUCUCGUACACCUGGUAUCUCAAUGGCAACUUGUAAAAAUCCAGAACGAGGAGAACAUAGCAUUGCCAUUCUUAAUGAAUUAGGUUACGAUUCUAAAGAAAUAGACAAUUUUGUAAAUAAUGGUAUAGUUAUACAAGCUAAAUCUAAUAGCAAAUUAUAAAACUAUCCUAUAAUUAUAAAGAAACAAAUUCAAAUAAUAUUAACAAAUAAUUGGGGGAGGGAAAACAUAUAUUAUAU